AUGAAGGGCUACGAGGCUGGAGGGAUCCGUGUGGAGUGCACGUCUGCCGGCUGGUACCCGCAGCCCCAGAUCCAGUGGAGAGACGCCAGCGGACACAGCUUGUCUGCUGAGGUGGCCACAGGGGCUGCAGACCCCCAGGGCCUCUAUGCAGCGUCAGCCUCUGUGAUCCUGGAGGACAGCUCUGUGGAGGGGGUCUCCUGCCCCUUCUUCCGGAACGCGCAGCCCUGGGUGGUGGCCCUGGGCGUGACCCUGCCGGCUCUGCUGGGGCUCCUGGCGGGGGCGUGCUACUUCCUGUGGCGACAGCAGAAGAGGAACCAGGCCCUGUCCCAGGAGAAGGAGAGGGAGCGAGCGGAGAAAGAAGCAGCUCAGGCCAAGGAGCGGCGGGAGCGAGGCGCCAAAGGUUGGGAGCAGUCUCAGGUCUAUGCAGAGUUGAAGACGGCCCUCUUCCAGCCUGCGGAUGUGUUUCUGGAUCCAGACACGGCGCAUCCCAACCUCCAUGUUUCUGAGGACAAGAGGAGCCUGCAGUGGGCAGACACAUGGCAGAACCUGCCAGAAAAUCCCAACAGAUUUCAGGGGAUUUACUGUGUGCUGGGCUGUGAGAGCUUCAUGUCAGGGAGACACUUCUGGGAGGUGGAGGUGGGGAACAGGGUACAGUGGCGUAUUGGGGUGUGCAGGGAGGACGUGAGGAGGAAAGAUGGCGAUAAAAUGGUCCCCGAGAAUGGGUUCUGGACAGUGGAGCUGAAUCCUGGGAGUGACUACAGGGCUCUCACCAACCCAAAGACCCCACUGACCGAUGUGAGCCCUCCUGGGAGGGUGGGGGUUUUCUUGGACUGUGAGCUGGGGCAGGUCUCCUUCUACAAUGCCCUCGACGGGUCUCACAUCUUCACCUUCCCACCCACCUAUUUCUCUGGGCCUCUGAGGCCUGUUUUUGGGAUUUGGGAAAAGGAUCCCACUCCCUUGACCAUUUGCCCCGCGCAGAAAGCAGUGGGGGGAUCCCUUGUGCCUGACCCAGGGCCUGACCCUUCCCUGGAGACCCCAGUGUCCCCGGGCUCAGCUGCUGGGAACGGGGACCCUCAGGCUGAAGAAACGUCUCUGCUUCCUGCUGCCCCGCCUGGAGCUGAGGGCCUCCUGGACACAAACCUCUCAGUGAGGAAAACACUCACUGAAACCACACUGAGUGACGGACUUCGCUGA